GCAAAGCCUCCUGCACACCCCGUCCUGGCCGUCCGUCCCUACAGCGGGACUCGGUUUCCCUCUCCUUCAAACACCCCUCUUCAGCAACAAGGCGGGAGCGGGGGGGCGGCGGUUUCCUCGGCCCGUCGCGGGGCGGUGACGGUUGCUGGGGAGGGCUGGGGUCUCCCUCGCAGCGGCCCCUUUCCCACAGCACCCGGACGACCGCCCGCUGCGGAGGUAACGGCGUUGCCCCGGGCUGCGCGGGGCGGGGGCGUCCGAGAUGGCGGCGGCGCAGCCCCGCCCCGCCGCGCUGGGCGGGAAACCCAGCUGAGGGCAGCGCCAUGGAGGCGGCGGGCGGCGAGGAGAGGGACCUUCUCACGCAGAGGCUGAAGGCUGCGGUUCACUACACGGUUGGCUGCCUGUGUCAGGAUGUUGCAGAAAAGAGAGAGGUGCAAUUCAGCAAACAAACCAUUGCAGCUAUUUCAGAGAUCACCUUCAGGCAGUGCGAGAACUUUGCAAAAGACCUCGAAAUGUUUGCAAGGCAUGCAAAACGAAGCACAGUCACUACAGAGGAUGUGAAGCUUUUGGCUAGAAGGAGCAAUUCUUUGCUGAAGUACAUCACCCAGAAGAGUGACGAGCUCACAUCAAGUAACAUGGAACAAAAGGAGAAGAAGAAAAAGAAGUCCAGUGCAGCUAAGGGAGGGAGAACUUCUGGGGAACAAGUCACUGUGACUGAAAGUGAAGAUUCCAACAUGGCAUGAUUUACCUUUCAAGUAAUGUCUCUGGUCAUUCUUCUCUUAUUGUCCUAGAGGAACCAAAGUUAGCCUAUUAGAGAUUCCUCUUGCACGCUAGCAACACUAAUGAAUCUUUGGGUUUUUAAGUGAACACAAUUAGUUGGAUUUUUUUGUUCCAGAAAUGAAAGAUCUGUCAGAAUUCAGUAAAGCUUACAGCCAAAAUGCCUUAAUUGCUCACAAAAAGCUAUGUUUACUGUUAUUAAAAAGAAAAUCCUUUAAAUAAAGAGUUUAAAGCAGAA